GUGCGGAUGUGGCUAGAGCUUUUCAUCCAUUGGAUUAUUAGUUUGUUCAUUGCCCUCUACCAAGAUGGCAAGUGGCUUCAAGCGAGUGGCUUUGUUAUCUUUGUUGUGUUUUCAUGUUAUUGUCUACUCCAACAAUGUGGUUGCCAAGGAAGAUGGAAAGGAAGAAAAGUUUCUCUUCUUUGGGAAGAGUGGUGGACUAGGGGGUGGAUUUGGUGGUGGAGGAGGUGGUGGAUUUGGUGGAGGAGGUGGUUUUGGAGGAGGUGGUGGUGCCGGUGGCGGUGGAGGUUUUGGAGGUGGAAGUGGUGGAGGAUUUGGAGGGGGACAUGGAAUUGGUGGUGGCAUAGGAGGUGGAGGUGGAGCUGGUGGUGGAUUUGGUAAAGGUGGCGGAAUUGGUGGUGGAUUUGGUAAGGGUGGCGGAAUUGGUGGUGGAGUCGGAGGAGGCGCUGGCGGUGGCGGUGGACUAGGUGGUGGCAUUGGAAAAGGUGGAGGCCUAGGAGGUGGUGCUGGAGGUGGGUUUGGUAAAGGUGGUGGUGCUGGUGGAGGGUUUGGAAAGGGUGGCGGACUCGGUGGUGGCAUUGGAAAAGGUGGAGGCUUAGGUGGCGGAGUUGGAGGUGGUGCUGGUGGAGGGUUUGGUAAAGGUGGAGGCCUAGGUGGUGGAGUAGGAGGUGGUGCUGGUGGAGGGUUUGGAAAAGGUGGCGGACUUGGUGGUGGCAUUGGGAAAGGUGGAGGCCUAGGUGGUGGUGCUGGUGGAGGACAGGGGGUUGGUGGCGGCAUUGGAAAAGGAGGAGGCUUAGGUGGUGGUGCUGGUGGAGGGUUUGGCAAAGGUGGCGGGCUUGGUGGCGGCAUUGGAAAAGGUGGAGGCUUAGGUGGUGGAGUAGGAGGUGGUGCUGGUGGAGGGUUUGGUAAGGGCGGCGGACUUGGCGGUGGCAUUGGAAAGGGUGGAGGCUUAGGUGGUGGUGCUGGUGGAGGAUUCGGUAAGGGUGGAGGGCUUGGUGGUGGUGCUGGAGGAGGGUUUGGUAAAGGCGGUGGAAUUGGCAAAGGUGGAGGACUUGGUGGUGGUGCUGGAGGAGGAUUUGGUAAGGGUGGUGGAGCUGGAGGAGGGUUCGGUAAAGGCGGCGGAUUUGGUGGUGGAGCAGGAGGUGGUGCUGGUGGCGGCUUUGGAAAAGGUGGAGGUGGAGGUGGAGGCUUCGGUGGUGGCUUUGGAAAAGGUUUUGGAGGAGGAAUAGGUGGUGGCUCAGGUGGUGGAUUUGGAGGCGGGUUCGGUGGUGGUGGCGGUGCCGGAGGGGGCUUUGGUGGUGGCGGCGGCUUUGGUGGAGGUGGUGGCGGCGGAAUUGGACACCACUAAGCUUUACUUUGAAUUAAUAUUGCGUUACUUAUAUUAAAAAUAUGCACUAUAUAUUAUUACCACAUGAAAUUGUUUGCAUGCAUUAGAUUACUUAAACAUUUGUCAACCUUCCAUUCGACACAUGAAUAUUGUUUAUGUUAUUCUAGUCCUUUUCUCAUAUUGAACUUCAAUUUCAAAUUA